GACUCCUUGCCUCCGCUUUACACCGGCUUUGAUUCGUUCGCUUCUUUUGGCUUUCGGUUUGGAUUCCACUGUGAACACUGUGACUUGCGGCUGCUAUUCGUCCUUUCGCUGCUUUCCCGAUGUGCCCCCGUGUUGCUGCCACCAUGGAGGCUGCGCUCCCCGCCGACGAUGGUGACGAGCUCCCCCGCUGUCGCCACCUCCUCGCCUCCCUUUCCGCCGCCGCUUCCGCCGCCCAGUCGUUCCGCGGCCUCUGGUCCUCCGUCGCCGCCGCAGUCUCCCGCCUGUCCGCGGCCCUCGACGGCCUCGCCGCCCACCCCCCUAACCCCCUCGCCUCGGACCUUCUUCGCUCCCUCGCCCUGACACUCGCCCCAGCCCUCGCCCUCGCCAUCCGCUGCCGUUCCCCUGACCCUCCCACCGCCAGGCUCCGCACCCAGAGCGAUAUCGCGGCCGCUUCCGCCGCCCUCCACCAGCUAGCCGCCGACGCCGACGUCCUGCUCGGCUCUGGCGCCCUCCUCGACCCGCCGUCGCCGCCGCUGGAGGCAGCGGGUGGGAGCUCCCGCCUCGAGUCCGUCCGGGCGGAGGCCAGAAGCCUCGUGACCCGCCUCCAGAUCGGGAGUUCCGCUUCGAGGAUCGCUGCCUUGGAUUCUCUGCUCGACCUGCUUCGAGAGGACGACAAGAACGUCGUAGUCGCCGCCGCCAGCGGGUUGGUGCCGGCGCUGGUCCGUCUCCUCGACUCCGCCGCUGGCUCCGCCUCGUGCCACGAGACGAGGGAGAAAGCCGCGGCGGCGAUCGCGAGGAUCUCGGCCGUGCAGAGCUGCCGCCACCUCCUGCUGGCGGAAGGCCCGCCCCUCCUCAAUCACCUCUCCCGCGUCCUGGAGUCCGAGGGAGGCGCCGCAAAGGAGAAGGCCUGCGUGGCCCUCCAAACCCUAACGCUAACUUGGGAAAACGCGGUCAUCAUCGGGUCCCGCGGCGGGAUCGCAGCCCUCCUUGGGAUCUGCCGCUCAGGAACGCCCUCCGCCCAGGCCACCGCAGCCGCAGUGCUGAAGAACCUCGCAAUGGUUCAAGAACUCCGGCAGAACUUCAUGGAAGAGAACGGUGUCCCCGUCCUCAUUAGGGUUUUGGCCUUCGGGACCCCUCUUGCCCAAGCGAACGCUGUCGGUUGCCUCUGUAAUCUAUCAGCCGGCGAAGAAUCGCAGAGCAUAAAGCUAUCUAUCUUCAAAGAAGGCGCUUUGGAAUGCCUAAAGAACCACUGGGAAGCAAGCGGCAGCGGAGAUGUUCAAAACCUCGAGGCUGCAAUCGGCUUACUAGGAAAUCUGGCAUCUUUUAGGUACAUUGCUGAGAUCGUUGCCACCGCUGGUUUGCUUCCUCGUGUCAUCUCUGCACUGGAGAACAGCCAGCCAGGAACAAGAACAGAGGCAGCCAAGGCAGUCGCCGAAUUGGGUUUGGUCAUAGGGAGGACGAGGAAGGAAUUCGGGGAUGCGGUGCCUCUACUGGUUCGCAUGUUGGAAGCCAAAGCUGGGGAGGAGAAGGAAGCUGCCGCGAGGGCUUUGGCUUCUCUGAUGUCAUUCCCGGAGUACCAAAGAUUAUUGAGGAAGGAGGAGAAGGGGAUUGUUAAUGUGGUUCAGCUCCUUGAUCCUUUAGUUCGUGAUUUGGAUAAGAGGUAUGCGAUAUCGGUAUUGGCAUUGAUUUCGCAGUCGAGCAAAUGCAGGAAGCAGAUGGUGGCUGCAGGAGCUUGCGGGUACCUUCAGAGACUAGUGGGGAUGGAGGUGGAUGGUGCAAAGAAGCUUCUUGAGAACUUGGGAAGGGGAAAGAUACUGGGAGUGUUUCCAAGAACAUAAGCUCACAGAGCCAGCAAGAAGGAUUCUAAGUUUGAAGGGUGCUGCUCCCUGAUCUGAUCUUCGUACGAAAGACCUUGUGUUCCAUACUCUUUUUAGGUCAAGUAACGUUGCCAAGUGAAUCUUUGCGUCGAAGAAGUCCUUUCGGAGGGAAUCUACUGUUGUUAGCCCUUUUUCUUUUUUACGUUUUAUUGAAGAAAGACAAUGGAUAGCUUGUCUAACCUUUCCACCAACCACAAUAUACAACAAGGCACCAUGGAGCCUUUGGGAACUAAUUAUUUGGUCUAUUACCACAAGAAGCAUCGAAGGUGAAGAAAUUAUGAAAGAUCUAUCGGCAUAUGAGAUACAAUUCUUUCAGGCUUGCCCACUGAAACAACAUUGGGAUCUGACUCCUCUGAAUGUCCUGUCCUUGUGCCUCCUAAUGCAGCAGGUAUGUAUUAUUUUGGAUUGCUCACAAUAGCUCAGUUGCAAUUUCUUUUAGAACUUGAUUAUUAUGUCCAAAUUAAUUAGCAUAUGAAUUGUUGGGAAACCCCACUUAGCCACUUAUGGAUGGAAUAUUUUGAUAUUUGAUUGAUGAAUUUACUCUUGAAUGUCUUACUCGAUAAAACCUUGUGCUUCUUCCAUGUCCUGACAACAGAGUUCUAAGCUUAUACAGUGAUGUAUCUUUAUACUUGACAGCAAUACCCUUUUCUCCAUUUGCUGUAUUGAUUUGCUUGUACCAAACUUGACACUCACCUAUUGGCUUUGCCAAUCUCAUAACCACAGUUUUGCAUCAUCAUUAUGUUUUGUUUAAAAUGGAGGCCUGACAAGUGAUGAGUGAAGAUAUAGACAAGAAUGAUACCUCUAAAAAGUUGUUCCUGUCAAUACUACUUGUCUGAAGCACAAGCUGGCUGAUCUCAUCCCUGAAUACACUACUAUAUUUGCUUCUGGUACUCUCAGGCUUCCCUACCUAAACCUCUGGUUCAUUAAUAAGAACUGGAUCAGGUCACUGCAUUCUUCUCAUCCAAGUGCCAUAUGUCACAUGCUGAGGGAGAAGAUUAAACAUUGGCUUUCCUACCUACCACAACUGUUGCAUAAGUCCUUUCUCACAUGGUUUCCUGGAAAGAACUCUGAAGCUUGCAUUUCUCUUCCUGAUGUGCUACUCAAGAUUCUCUUAACACCUACCUACAUCUCUCUCGAGUAAGUUGGUCUGUACAUGCCAGGGAAACUCUUGGAGUCUCAUCAUGAAGGCACAUCCCAUUCUUAAUGACAUGAACAAAGGUUUAAUCUCCAAUGUUUUGAGCUUGUUCUUAAGGUCUUCUGCCUGGAAAAAUCAUCUACAUUCUUCUUGAGAAAAUGCUGGUCGACUGAUAUUUUCAGAAAUAUGCCAAUACUUAUGAAUCCUUUGGAACUUGGGAGUGUGUUUAUUCUGUUCAUUUUUGUUGUUGUUGUUGUUGUUGUUGCAUCUUCUUUGCUUUUGACUUUCAAAGGUUAUUUAGAAAAUGUAGCAAAUGAGUCCUUUGGUCAACUUGCACUACUUGUCUUAAGUCAGCAUCACCCUUUGACCUAUAUCUUACUUGGAAGACGAGCAAACUUCGCACAGCUGGAUUAUGUUUAAUAUCUCAGCCAACAACUCAUCAAUGCCAAGCGUGACAUUUACUCAUCAGCUACAUGCUAUUGAUUCUUUUAUUGUUUGGGUCAAAUCUUAACUGCUUGUCUACAGUCAUUUAUUAAGAAAAAAAGAUUUGUUUGAGCAAGUCAUAUGGUUUGUCUUUCAAGAUUAAACCCCAUAAACGGUAAGGUUUAAAGAUCUUGAAACCUAGGAAGUGGCCCCCAGUUAUAUAAUAUAUAGCAAAUAAGGUCGCAUAUGAUGACUUCCCCACAUGACCCCAUACCAUAAGAAUAAUCCUUAGCAAAUGCAUGUCUUACUUUAUACUUACUAUCGAGAUAUUAUCGAUUAAUCACUAUUUAACAUGUGUUCUUCACGUGACAUCCUGGUUAAAAAAAAGAAGAUAAAAUAAAAACUGUCCAUCCAUUGAUCUGUUUGUGUGGGCAUUGGUUCAAGACAUGCGAUUAUAAAUUAAUUCUGCACUUAUUACAUAAAAAAUCAAAUCAAGGUUAUUAGAAACAAUUAAAGGUUGCCUCCUCAACAUAAUAUGGCAUUCCUUCACUAAGUAUAAAAACUCACUUGUUGGAUCAUUUUUCUAUCAUUGACGAUUACACUCAUCCAUCUCGGGUUAUUGACUCUCGGGUUAUUGACUUAGACGUCUAAAGGAUCGACUCAAAAAUCCUCUUUUGAUCUUGAUUUUCAUAUAUAUGAUACCUCGGAUGAUUUCUUAUAAAUUUAACGUUUCUAUGUCAAAGAUAUCUCAAACAAUCUUCUCAAGAGUUCGAUAUUUUCACCUUGGAGGCAUCUUAGAUGACCUUACACACACAGGUCUAAACUAUGUUGACUUGAACAUCAAUAACAUUUUUCAAUGACACUUAUUUUGUGUGGAAUCUAUAUAGAUUAAUAUCCAUUGAUAUAUAUAUAUAUAUAUAUAUAUAUAUAUAUAUAUUCACUAAUAGGAUCUUCUAGAUAAAAUGGACUUGGCUUUUUUUCUUUGGUCACGGUAAACUCCCAACUCAAAAGUCUAUGUUCUUUGUGUGAA